AUGGAUGAUAAAGUUGUUGCCAAAGAUGAUGAUUCGUGUGAACAACAAAUUGAAUAUACAUUUUUGACACCAUUGACCUCCACAGUUAACGAUCAUGACCUACUUGUUCACCAACAGAAUAGCUACCAUUUAUAUUACACCGAUUCUGUUGCCGCUUUACCGACUAAUCUGAUCUCAGACGAAGACGAUGGCGACGAAAACUUUGAAAGCUGCGAAUCUAAUGGUUCCACACAUAGUGGUAGCGAAGUGAGAAACGAUCCGUUCAGUCCUCACUGUAAGAUACCAUUGCCGGGAGAUUACGGUAAUUCACACUUCUUCGACACCACAACAUUCAUACGGCGCCGAAAUGAACGGGAAAGGGCUCGCGUUCGCAGUGUUAACGAUGGCUUUGAAAGACUAAGACAACAUUUACCAUUGAGUCCCACUCUUAAAGAUAAACGACUGUCCAAAGUGGAGACUUUGCGUUUUGCCAUCACUUAUAUCAAUCACUUACAGUCAGUUCUUAACUCAAAGUCGCAGACAACUAACGGUAAUAAGUAA